GCCACUGUGAUCUUCGAUCGUCUCUGGUCGUCGCCACUGUGAUAAGUGACGCCUUUGACAUGUUCGAAGGAAUGCGUCAGAAGAAUAUGAGUAGAGUACCAGAAUACCACCAUGCCGCUGGUGCACUCCGUCGGACUCAUCGGCAUCCUCUUCUUCUUGAUCCAGAUGGAGAAAGGAUACAACUGCAGGCUACAAAGGCAUGCUCUCAACACACGGAUUCCUGGGCCAGUAAUCUUGGUCAUUAGCUCCAUCCACAAUGUGUCAGAUCUACGAGAGAGCAGAUCACCCAAUCGUAGUCAGAAGACAAUUUGUCAUCGGGGUUGGUAAAUUUUUUUUUAAUUCCUUGAGCUAGUAUCCUUGGAAGACAAGAAACUCGAGUAUCGCAAGAAACUUGAAUGAGGCUUUGAUUGUUCUAGAAAUAUCUUGGUGAGAUGAAUGCAAAGAGGAAAAAUACGAAAAAUUCUUUAGGAUUUUUGUGAGGGGUAUACUAAGAGGCUUAUGCCUAAGCUUGGAUUAAUAUAAGAGAAAGAAUCAUUCCUUAUCUCUUAUUGACCUCGUCAAGAAGAAUUUGAUUUUUCUUGAUAAUAAGUGCCGAAUCACAUAAAUCUUGUAUUUUGAUUGUUGAUUCUCUGUAUCUUUCUUUUGGUAUCGAUCUCUUCGCUUCACGCAGAAAGCUUUUGAUAUAUCAUAAACCAAAAUUUCCAUCUAUCCAGUCCACAACCUUUGAAUCAUGUGGACAAUGAUUUGUUUUGGCAGUGUUUGGUGGUGAUGCACUCACUCUAGCUUGUGAUGGGAAGUAAUUAUAGCCUAUGAUUGUUACCUUCCAAAUGCUCUGAAUCUUUCUUCCUCCAUCUGUUGACUUGAUAUUGCAAUAAAAUGUGUUUUGGUUUACUCCAUUUGCAAGACCCGCAUGAUUGACAACCAUGGGCAGCAUAAUUAUCUUAAUUUAUCUCCAAUGAUUUAAGGAUUUGCUUUGUCACAACUAAUCUUUUUCACAGUUAGUUGCAUUGCAUGGAUUGCAUAAGCCAAUUAUGUUUUAAAAUGUGUGAUUAGAUUGAUUCAUCAGAUGCAUCUUUCAAAAAAAGACAAGUUCUAUUAUAUCCUAAUAUAGACCUAGUCCCACUUCAUUGAGCCAAAGCUUCAAUGAUAAGGAACUGGUUGAACUUAAAUUUUCUGGUGAUCAACUUCAUUAUACUUCCUUUUUUUUAUAUUCAAUCGAUUAAUUCUGCUUCAUAUUGAUAGGAAGAUAAAAAAUGUAAUGCUGUAUGAAUGCUUGGCUGCCACAAGCUAAUUAUUCCUAUAAGAACUUUUCUGGCACCUGUAGCUUCAAAUUACAAUGUCUAAAAGAUUGAUGGGCCACACUUUCAUGGAAAACUUCAUUAUACUUUUUGUUAGUGUGAUGUGGAUUCAGGAAGUUGUUUAAGGUGGUGAUUAGUUUAGGAACUGCAAGUUCUCUUUAUUUGUGUUCUUGUUGAAGAGGUAAAGCAGUAAAAUUUGAGGUCCUGAUUGGUCAAGAUGUUAGCUUUAGAUUGUAAGCACAGCAUCAAUUUGCCAAAUCUUUCUUUGUGGACAAGAUCUAUGUUAGCACAUUGAGGAACCUGUGUUACAUGUUCUCUGCUGAAAAUUUUAGGACUGUCUUCUUAGGCUGUGUCAUCAAGUCAAAAUCUAUGGAUAAGUAGCCACUCUAAGUUGCAAAUUAUUAUCUAUGAAACUUGAUGAAAAAAUAGGUUGGUAAUUGGCUUAAAAUAUAUAGUAAGGCGGCACUGGCUGAUCUUGACAUUUUUAUUAAUCUCCUUUAGAAAAAUAAAUGCAUGACAUAUUAUGAUAUAAUGAAUAUUUUGAUCCUAAUUAGUCAAAUCCCAGCAGAAUAGGCUAGUUCAUUUAUGGCCUUAAUGUCAAAUGUCAAUAGAAAACAUUCUCUUAAUCAAAUCUGAUAGGAUAAUUUUUCCCUAGCCAUAUACAAUCAGGACUAUAAAAAUGAACCCUUCUCAUGUACGAUACUCACCCUAUAUUCAUUUUUUCCUAUAUCGAUUUAAUUCUAACUUGAGUAUCUUAGGAGUCUUACCUGGUAUUAAUUCUGAUACUAGUUUUGCAAGACCUCGACAUCUUAAAUUUUGCCACUUCUGUGCCUCGAGUCGAGCCACAUCUGGCAAAGUCAUAUAAGUAAUUCAUCUUGGUUAAAGUUUCCUUAGAGCUUGGCAAAUAAUUGUGACAUAUUUUACUUGGAAAGUGGAUCAGAUGAAUCAGAUCAGGUUAUGUGGUUGAUGACUAAAAUUAGUACUGUCAUAUUAUAUGGGGAUAGGUUGAGGAUUAGAUUGAGUUUGUCCCCCCAACUUUUGUGAUAUAGAUGCCAUACUGUUGAUCAUUUGUCCCAUGCAGCCACCCUCUCCAUUUUUAAACCAUUUACAGUUCUUUUUAGAAAACAAUAAACUGAUUGCAAUCAUCAACUAUAUGUCUAUCACUUGCAUGUGAAGAAAAAACAAUUUAUUGGCUGAUACCAUAACCUCAGUAGAUCUGUUAGCAGAAGGUUAUAUAAGAAAAAAAAAGGAAAAGGAAAGGAAAGUGAAGGAUAAAGAGAAACUAGAAUAAGUUCACUGUAAAGAGAGUCCAAAGACUUCGACAUGAAAUCCUUGUCAAGAACCUGAAGAAAUCAUUACUGAGCUAUACAUCAUUGGAAAUCUCUCUCUCUCUCUCUCUCUCUCUCUCUCUCUCUAACUUCUGAACAUUGAACCAAAAAAUGGAAAGGUGGUGGUUUCUGCUUGAAGACAAGCUUGUUGUGAAUUAGAGUUGCAGCCUAUUUUGGUUCUUCUAACUUCCUCUUUGUCUAUAUGAAGAUUUCUUUACUUUCCUAUGACAGGGGUCUUUAGAAUUUGUUAAUACAGAAAUUUCAUUACAAAAAAUGGAUCAAAUUGUAUCAUUUCGAAGCAACUUCUUGAUUACCUUUGUUUUUUUUUUCCUUUUUUUUGUAGUGAGGGAGAUCAAGUGACUGUAACAUUGCCCAUUACAUCUUUACAGCAAUUGAGAAGCUUGAAGGAAAUUUUGAUUUCUUAGGGAUGGUUAAAAGCCUACUUAAAUUAGAUUAGGUUAUAUCCUUCAUUGAAUUUGAAAUGGAUUUGAAUAGAAAAAUAAGUCCACAAGUAUAUGUUACAUGCUAAUUAGGCUUGACACCUGAAACUGAACCCAAGUAUACAAUACCAGAGAAUAGAGAGAAGAGCAUUGUAUAAAUAUUACUUAAACACCGGAAGAAAAUAUAAAUGAGUGUAUACAUGGUUCGUCAUAACUAUUUAAAAUUGGGUUACCAUUAAACCCAAAAGCUUAAACUGGUAGGAAAUAACCCAAUGUAUAUAUAAUACUUUAACGUCCUCUCUCAUGUGUCAAGUGCAAGCAUAAUUGAUCCUAAUUAUAUGGUGCAAACCUUGCACCGGCAACAUGAAGCUGUUAAGCUAACACCCUACAGGAGUGCCAACAAAAGAGCAUCCCUGGUGGGUUGCCUCAGUAAAGAAAAUGUAGCGUAUUAGCAAGUAUUAUACAAGUGAAAGGGCAAUGUGUUUGGUUGGCAAGAGAAUCCAGGGCAGUUGAGGAAGAUGGCCUGUUUCAUUCAAGCUUGUGACACAUUUCCUCUUCCUGCUUCAUGUUGAGUAUAAAUAGACCAUGCAGAGAGAAGCCAGCAUCUCAUGUGUUGGGUGACCACAAGAAGGCAGAAGGCAAGCAGAGGAGCAGGUGGCCAUGGCAGAUCACAAAACUCAGCUUUACUUUGUCUUCAUGAACUUUGAUCCAGUCUACGAGGGCCUUCGUGCCGAUCGAUCAAAGGAAGGCAUGAAGGAGCUUGACACCUACCUGAGCAGCAAGCAUGACCAGCUACUUGCAAAGUUUCUCCCACCAAGCACCUACAAGAAGAAGUCCUCCUUGGCCAUUGUUGAUGGCUUCUCAGUGGAGACAACCAAAGAGCAGGCAGCCAUUCUUAGAUCUGCAAAGGAGGUGAGGGUGGUUGAGAAGAACCAAGAACUUGCUUGACUGCAUGAGAUAUGUGUACAACUUUGGAAAGGAUAAUACAUUUGAAUCUGUAAUAGUCAGUCUGAGAGUUGCUAGGAAAUUUCAUAAGCUCUGUACAUUGUAGUCAUUGCUUGACUUGAAGAUCUUUUUAUUUUGUCUGUGAAUCCGAAAGUUUAACACGAUCUCAAUAAAAAACUCAUGUUGUGGCUAAUGUUUUUAAGACCAUCA